UUGUCAGCUACUGUCACGAUCAUGAUAUCACAUAAGCUCUAGUUGCAAUGCAAACAAGAACUCUAKAACACGCUGAAAUUAAUCUACGUCGGUGAACAAAGGAAGUAGGAAAAGUGGACGAAUUUAUAAGAAUAAUCAUUGAAGAUUAAUAAUUCUUUAUUCUUAUCCUUAAAACCAACCUGCUAAAAGAAAAAACAUAGUCCCACUUUAAUUAAAAAGCAAUUUAUGUGCCUGAUUUAAUCCACUCCCUGAACACUGAUGUCAUAUAUGUGAUACGUUUGAGAAUCUAAUUGGACAACAAGUUUUCAACAAUUAUUGCAUCAACACAAUCAUAGACUGAAUGGCUAAUAUGUGAAGUGAACUUCCUUGAUACGAUAAAACUAUAGCAGAAGGUAUAAAAACAAGACCUGCAGWCCCUAGUUCGCCACUGUUGCACUUCCCUAUCUUCUGAAUUGAACGAAAAUUAAGAUCAAACAGUAAUAUCGUACUUGAUCAAGUAUGGUGGCUAAGAUUUUGCUUCUUCUCGUUGUGCCGUGUUUUCUCUUUAUGCAGACAUAUGCUACCACAAGAGUGCUGAUCGUUGGUCAAGUGAUGCUUCAAGUUGAAGGUUGCCACGAAGUUCGAGCAUGCUCGACAAGACUUAGAAAUCCAGUCAGCAAGAGAGAUCUGUUUGCUAACUACUACAAACACGUGCAGCACUGGGUGUCGUUGAAAGGAGAUGUGAUAAUCAAAGGAUGCUACGUCGUAMGAAACUGUCACCGCGGCCAUGGGGGUCUUGGUUCGAAGGGGAAACCUGCUUCAUCAUGCAAAGCUAUCAAGAAUGAUCGAAAGUCAGCCAAAAGUGGCGUUUACUACAUCAAGACAGGCAAGUUCGCUGUACUCUGUGAUCGCAGACGGCAAAUACCGUCAAGUCUCUAUCGGCCGGAAUAAAUGGAUGUCAUUGAUCGCGGGCUCAUCAUUGCAGCCGAACUGUAACAAAGAAGGRUUUAAUCUYACCUCUGCUAAAAAGCAUUCAAGGAUCAGAAUUGGGAUAGGUUCGAAUAAUGAAAAUGACUGUGGGACAAACGAUUCGCACAUUGGAUUUGGUGGUGAUGGGCAUGGGUGUCGUGCUGGUAAAGCUUCCACCGGAAAUUGUUUAUAUGGCAAGAAGAACGUUCCAGCUUACGGUUACAUCUUGGCUCAGUAGAGGUCGCAAGUCCCCAAGCAAACUCACUGAACAGAUAAAACCUCAGAUAACAAAAAAAAAAUAAAAAUAUUGUAGAAGAAAAAAUGUAGCUCAAAAGAAACUUUACUGUUCUUUUUGAAUCAGACGUAAACGUUAAWGAAGAUUAUAGAGAAAUCGCAAAAGAAAAUAAAGAGCAUUGGAAAAUUUUA